AUGGUUUUAGGAACCAUCAAGUGCGUGGUCGUCGGUGACGGUGCUGUCGGAAAGACUUGUCUUCUGAUCAGCUAUACAACAAACAAGUUCCCCUCGGAAUAUGUCCCGACCGUCUUCGACAACUAUGCCGUCACAGUCAUGAUCGGAGAUGAGCCGUACACAUUGGGCCUGUUUGAUACUGCCGGGCAAGAAGAUUACGACCGCCUGCGUCCUCUCUCAUAUCCACAGACCGACGUCUUCUUGGUCUGCUUCAGCGUCACAUCUCCGGCCUCGUUCGAAAACGUCCGCGAGAAGUGGUUCCCCGAAGUGCACCACCACUGCCCUGGCGUUCCCUGCCUGAUCGUCGGCACUCAGGUGGAUUUGCGUGACGAUCCUUCGGUCCAGCAGAAGCUGGCCAAGCAAAAGAUGUCGCCCGUGUCAAAAGCCGACGGUGAGAGGAUGGCGAAGGAUCUCGGUGCUGUCAAAUAUGUCGAGUGCAGUGCCCUCACGCAGUACAAGUUGAAGGAUGUCUUCGAUGAGGCUAUUGUUGCUGCCUUAGAACCACCCACACCCAAGAAGAGCCGCCACAAGUGCCAGAUUCUUUGA